AUGAAAACUCUAGCCCUUUUAUUGGGCAUCGUCUUCAUAGCCUCAGUCAGCUCAAAAAGCCUUCAAGACGAAAACCAUGAGCUGGAAAUCAGAGAAGCUGAUUUAGAAGCUGCAGCUUCACACCACGGACAUAAAAGCAGCCACGAAGAAGAUGGUGGUCACGAGCACCACGAACACCAUCACAGCAGUCACGGCAGUAAAGGCGACAAAGGUUAUCACACCGAUCACCAUCACCAUAAAGGCCAUCACGGUAAGCACGGCAAACAUCAUCACUCCGGACACCAUGCUGAAAAAGGUGGACACCACAAGGGACACCACGAAGGCGGCGGCCAUCAUCACAGCCACCACGAGCACGGACACCAUCACAAAGGUGGCAAGCACGGCCACAAGAAGGGCCACAAAAAAGGACAAAAAACCCACGGACACCACAUCAAGAAACAUCACGACGAACAUCACAAACACCACAAGUUCUACGACUCCCACCACAAAGACGGACAUCACGGUAAGCACGGACACCAUCACGGACACCACGGAAGUAAAAGCGGGCAUCACAAGAAGGGUGGACAUCAUAAAAGCGGAUACCAUCACGAUCAUCAUGGCAAGAAAGGGCACGGGUCUAAGGGACAUCACGAUCACGAACACAAAGGGCAUAAGGGACACAGUGGGCACGAGGAGCAUCACAAACACCACAGCGAUUACGGGAAGAAAGAUGGACAUAAAGAUGGGAAGCAUUGGGGGUAUUCUCACAAGCAUUGA